AUGACGGAAAGAGCCGGAAACCCGAAAAGGUCGCCUUUGCCUUUGGAAGCGUUCGCCGUUUCCCGAGGCGUUGGAAAUCCAGACCGGCUCAGAGAAUCACUGGCGCCUGCGGCGCCCUUCGUUUCGCCAACAAAGAAGUCAUUCUUGACGAUUUCCCAUUCCUUCCCUGCCAAGCCGCCUCUUUUCGCCAUUCGAAGACCUCCUUCCCUUCUGCCCACUCUCCGUUCACACGGUUCUCAAAGCAGAGGAGGAAGGGUGGCCAGAAGGUACCACGAGCCCUCUGUCCCACACAUCUAUCCAGAAGCAAGUGUAGUUCACCGGUUCCACCGAAUGCUCCUAUCUCUCGGCAAAGAUCGUGUGAGUGUGCAGUUAUGCUUCGGAUGCUUCGCCAGAAUAGAUUGACCCAGUUCCCGUUCUUUUCCGGUGCACUCGCUUUAUAUCUCCGACACACAAGGAAGGACGCGGUGGGAAGGAAGCAGCCCUAGCCUCUGUCCGGCCGAUCAUUCCGCUGGCAUCUUGCAUUCACGCCUCCGUUUGACUGCCGCUCGGGGAUGUAGUUGUAGAUACGUUAGUCUUAGUGGAUCGUUGGCUCCACCUGUUAUCUCCUUCUACGACAUGCUGUUGUCGUCGCCAUAUUCCAUAUGUCACUUAGUCAUCUCUGCCUCGCUGCGGGUCAGCACCUCCGAAAGAAACGGAGGACUUCAUUCAGUGACUCCGCGAUCGCCCUCUGAACGAUCAGAAUAAGGUAAAGCUUGAAGAUAAGUUUUGUACUCUAUUAAUUUCUCAGUCCCUCUAGUCGGGUGGGCGUCGGCCGGUCUUUCGACCAGAUCCCCCUAAAAACCGUACGUGCGGGUCUCCCCGCAUGCGGCUCACGCCAUUCGAGGUGGCCCAGCCCAGCAUUCAUUCGCAAAUCCUGUAGUGAAAUUGAGACUGCUCGACCUCGGAAGCUAAUUCGCGUGUAGG